AUGAUUUCCGUGCGGCGGUGCUCGAACUGUUAUGUUUUUCGAUUGUGUGGCAACAGAUUCACCCUGAAGACCACGUUGAUGCUCAUGCGUCAACUUCUCUAUCGGGUGGAAACUCUCCAUCUGGAGGGAGGUAUCCAUCGUGAUAUCAAGCCAGAAAACUUCGUCUUGGGCACCGGUGUGAGGGGCAACAUUGUGUACAUGAUCGUCUUCGGACUCGCCGGCCGCCGGAUGGAAUACUCAGAAGCUGAAUCCCCGAGUCCCGAGGGAAGAGCCGGUGUCCAGGUCGCGUCCAGUUCUCAGGAAGCGGCACGUCCACGGUUUCGCUUGAUCGGCAUCUGUCGCUACGCCAGCAUCAAUGCCCAUGUGGACGUCAAGUAA